AUGGCUGAACCGAAGCCUAGCCACCUAGAAAGGACAGCGGCGGAACCGCGAGACGAGUCCCUGCACGUCGUCACGUUGACCAAGAUCGACGAGAUCAACGACAAAAUCAGACUCUUCCGCCUUGAGCUGUCAGCCCCUCUUCGGUUCUUACCGGGUCAAUGGCUCGACGUCUUCGUGCCUGGCGUGUCCAAGGCGGGCGGAUAUACUAUCACCUCGCCCCCGUCUCUAGCGCGGCCCCAUCUCUCCCCGGGACCAGCGCAAGCUCAAAGUCCGGGGUACGUAGAGCUUGCGGUGCAGAAAUCGGUUGAUCCGCCCGCGGCGUGGCUGUGGCAGAACCCGGACGAGAUUAUCUAUGCGGAAUUACGGGUCCGCGUAGGCGGGAGCUUCGUGUGGCCGCCGGAGGGCAUCGAUGCGAAUUCUCUACGGCGCGUGGUCUUCGUCGCUGGCGGCGUGGGGGUUAAUCCUCUGAUGAGUAUGCUAUCUACUAUCGCGGAGACGACGGGCGCGGAUGCGCCGUUCCAGGUACACUUUUUAUACUCGCUGAAAGAUGAUGAUGAUGGGUCGGGAGGUAGACGCGCGGACCGCUUGCAGUUUGUGGAGAGGCUGGCUGGGAUAUUUGCUUCGGGGAGGGUAAAGGGGUGGUUGAGGCUGUUUCUUACGAGUGGGAAUGGAAUUGGAGAUGAAGGGGGUGGGAUUGUGGGUUGUGCGGGAGGGGGAGAGGGGGAGGGAGGAGAGAGUAAGGCGCCGUUUCAAGCGCGGAGGAUGACGGUUGAUGAUAUUGCGGAAGCGGUGGGCGAUGCGGAGGAGAGGAGGACUGCGGUUGUGUAUGUUUGCGGUGUGCCUACUAUGACGGACGAGUUCGUGCUGAAGUUGACUGAUACGGAGGCUGGGCUAGGGAUGGAAUCUCAUCGGGUGCUGUGCGAGAAGUGGUGGUAG